AGCGGCGGCGCGUGGGGAUGGCGUUGAUGGCUGUGAGGAGAGGGGGCUGGAGGGAGGGUUGGAAGAUGAUGGUGGAGACGAGGACAAGGCUGAUCAGUCACACUGUUCCUUCUCCUCUUGCUCUCUCGCUAGCAUCCUCAUCGAGGGGGAUGGUGAUGUCUAACGGAGCAGCUGCAAGCUCUUGGAUGCACCUUCAAAAGCAAUUCUCAGCGUCUCCUGCCUUUUGUGGGCGAUCACCUUUUGGGACUUUUUCUCCGUUUUCUGUCUUUGCAACAUCUGCAAUGCAGCUUGAGAAGGCUUCUGUGAGCCAGCCACAUGGCGAGCGACGUAGCUUCUCCACGACUUCUGUGAAGCACAAGCUGGAUGAUUUCUUCACUUCCAUGCCUGCUGUAGACGAAGAUGGAAAUCCAAUUUACCCGGCAGUUGGCAGGUCAUGGCGGGCUGAAGAAUUGAGGCAGAAGUCGUUCGAAGAUCUCCACAAAAUAUGGUGGCUCUGUCUGAAGGAGAGAAAUAGCUUGGCCCUGGAGAGGCACGAGGCAAGGGCAAGAGGGGUAACUCCACUAAACCCAUCUAGAUUCAGGAAGUUGAGAAAGACCAUGGCAAGAAUUCGAGUUGUUCUUGGUGAAAGGAGCAGGAUGAAACUGAUGUUGAAGAAGUACUGCAAACGUCAUGGUAUUGAAGCGAUGUCAAACGAAGACCUUCGGAAAUUCAUUGACGAUUUGAAGUGAUUCCAUUUCAACGAAAUUACUGGAACGCCAUUGAAGGAUUCAUGAUUAGUCCAAUAGUUUGCAAAGAUUAUAUCAUACGAGGCUGAUUGGUCGUUGAGUAUAUUUCAUCUCAGAAGGGUUGUUAGCAUAUGUGAAGCGACAGACAACUUG